AUGAAGAUGUUAUCGAUGAACUGUCGACUUGGCUUGUCAGAAUCUGGCAAGGAAGCUUCAAAUGUCCAGAUCAGAGGCUGGAGCUGGCUAAACUGCUCCGAGUUCUAG